AUGAGUGGAAAGACUUUGCCAGUCAUGGGAUACAUAACUGAUAUCACUAUUAAUGAAAACAUUACUGGUACUGAAGGAGCAAAAGCUACAGCAGGAUGUAUAGUAGAUGUAUCAAUUACUGGGAAUAUUGAAUAUCAUUGGAAGUUAAAUGAUGUUAAAAUAAACCCAACAAAGAUAUCUAGAAUACAAGUGUUGUACAAUAAGAUAACAAGUACAAAAUACAACUCUACUCUAGUGAUAGAAAAUUUAAAGAGAAAGGAUAAAGGAAAUUUGACAUGUGAAGCAAGACUUGGUAACAACACUGAAAUCAGAUCAACCCAGAUAUAUCUGUAUUCGUUCAAACUUGAAAGUGAAUCAUUUGUUAUUGAGAAUGGGAGUAAUAUCAACGUCACGUGUACAAUUCUACCACCUACUAAAUCAGCAAAUGAAAUGAAAAUGUGUUUAAAUGGAAAGGUUAUUUCUGGCAGAAAACCUUAG